AUGAUAAACUAUGUGACUGCAUCUGCGAUUUAUGUUCAACAAACCGGAGAUUUGAAAUUACAGAUGUCAGCCAAACUGCCUGAAUUGGACGCUCAUUAUCCCAAAGACCUAAAGCUGAAGCAAACUGUUGCAAGUGAACGUACACCCGUAAGAAGAAGACUAGAGCAUAUGUUUCCACCCAUUUGGAAUAUGUGUGAUACCAAUCGCCAAUUGAUGUCCACCAUUACAAGUAUGGAUGGUCUGGAUGCUAAAUCGCAAGUUAUUGGAAUUGAACGAAUUGUGGACAGACCUCAUCAAUUCACAGCAGACAAUGCAUGCUAUUAUGGGCAAUUGACCAACCUGGGAAGAAAUAGCAUGAGCUUACUGGGAACUCGCCUCCGAGAGAUCUAUGUUGACAAACUUGGGUUUCUUCCUGAUCGAUAUGAUGAAAAGACCAUCUACAUUCGCAGUUCAGACUACCCUCGUACUCAAGAAUCUGUCCAGCAAUUGGUUGCAGGCGGUCUUUAUCCACCCACCAAGCGCGAAGAUGACUUUAAACUCAAGUUACGCAUAAGAGAUCCACGCGAUGAUAAUAUGUUCCCCAAUCCUAAUUGCCGCAAGUUGCGUACAUUGGCCAAGGAAUUUAACAAGACAGUUUCUGUGUUGUGCAAGGAUGAGUUGGAGAUUGUCUCCGAUCAACUGAAGCCCUAUGUUGACACCGUCUCACUCUCCAGCCAUCCUUCUGCCAACGGUGUCCUGGACACCCUUAUUUCGGCAAAGACCCAUGGCUUCAGUCUUCCUGCCACGGUUACCGACGAUGUCCUUCAGAGACUAGAGGCAGUCGUGGUCAAGGAGUGGUUCUAUGGAGCAAUGGAGUCGCCUGUUGUCCGCAGACUGGGCAUGGGUAGGUUGAUGGGAGAUAUCAGGGACCGUAUGGUCAAUAGGGCAACUCGACUAGACAAGGACACCCCAGAGGCCGAUCAUCAACUGGCAAUCUAUUCUGGCCAUGACACAACGGUGGGACCUUUAUUAAUUAUCUUGAAUGGAUUUGAUGAGCGAUGGCCUCCAUUCGGUAGUAGCGUGAUAUUCGAACUCUUUGAAAAGGAAACUGCAAAAUGGUUUGGAACCAAGACUGAACAUUUUGUUAGAGUGCGAUACAAUGACAAACUGCUCGAAUUGCCCGGCUGUGCUGGUUCUGGAGAUCACCUUGCUGAAGACAAGAGCAUCUGUACCCUCGAGGCAUUCCAAAAGAUUGUAAAGGACAGUAUCCCAGAGGACUGGGAACAAGAAUUGUUUUCUAUAGUUAAACUUGGUCAAGCUUUGUGUCUGUGUUUAUGGGUGUACAUGAAGAAAAUUAUCAACUACUUUAAGCAGAACACAUAA